GGUCAUGUGGCAGGGGCUGGGCCCAAUGACCCAGCAGAGGACAGCCGGGAGUGAUGGCGCCGUGGGGGAGAGUGGCCCUGAUCCUGGCUCCAGGCCGGGGCUUCGCCACUGCUGCUGCCCAUGGAGGAGGUGCAGGCCAGACGUGGCGGAUGCUGUCCUUUUUCGUGGCACUGCCCGGCGUGGCCGUGUGCAUGCUCAAUGCCUGGCUGAAGAAGCAGCACCACCCCCAUGAGCCCCCCACCUUCGUGCCCUACUCUCACCUGCGCAUCCGCACCAAGCCCUUCCCAUGGGGCGACGGGAACCACACGCUGAUCCACAACCCCCACGUCAACCCCCUGCCCACGGGCUAUGAGGUGCCCGCUGGGGGGCACCACUGAACUGCCUGCCGGCACCACCGAGGGCUCCACUGACCUGCUGCUCCACCCCGGGAUGCCGACUUGCUCCAGCUCCAGCUCCAGCUCCAGCUGCCACCACCCGGGGACACUGACUUGCUCCAGCUCCUACUGUCACCACCCAGGGACACCGCCAGCCGCACAAUAGAGCUGCUGUGAUUCA